UACAAUGACGUGCUAGAGCGCUAAUGUUUGGGUUUUAAAAUUACAAAUACAUUAUGUUAUUUAUAUAUGUUUCAUAUCGAAAUUGAAACAUUGAAAACAGAUUUGUUUUUAGGACCCAUCCCUAUCUCAAACUCAAAAUAAUGUAACUUGCAAUGUAGCUUGUUAAAACACACACACACACACACACACACACAAUGUGUGUGAGUUGAAUGCAUAUGGAAAUAUUAAUUUCUUGCUGUGUGCAAUACAGAAGGGCCUGUAACGCUACACAACAUUAAAGUACGCUAGUGUUUGAUAUUUUUGAAAGUUAUUCGAUACUACGUGUUAUCAGAUUCACACUCAUAAUGGGAGGAAAGAAGAAGAAAUCCGAAGCUCACCCAGCUACAUCCCCGGCGGCACCAGCCACAGCCACAGCCAGCGUUGGAAGUAGUGAUGCUGCAGCCUCAGGUACCACCGCAUCACUGAACAAGAAGAAAAAUCCAAGGCAACCUGCAGCCAAAUCUGCCGCAAAAGAAAUUAAAGCAAAAGGUAUACAGCGCUUUAUGUUUAAUCUAAUUCUUAUUAGCAUCCCUGUUGGAGUUUUACUUAAAGGUCCAAAGACUUACAGCUUCACUAAUGCACCACCAACGGACCCAGGGACUGCUUCCAAUCUAGACAAAUCUAUUCUUAAGGUGGUGAUUCAAAGUAACUUGGAGCAAAGAAUAAUACAUGUGAUCAAUGACUAUAAGAAACAACAUGGAGACAAGGGAUCCAUAUCUGGAAGACUGACUGCCAAAAAGCUUCUGGACCUGUACAUGGCUUUACAAGGGUUUUCGUUCAAGCCUGAACACAUUGAAGACGCUAUGAAAAACACAGUUUUAUGUGGCGGUGAUCUUCAUUCUGCCCUGGAUUGGCUUUGCUUAAACCUUCGGGAUGAUGAACUUCCGGAAGGCUUUAGUCAAAAAAUGCAGACGGAAGAACAGAUCACAAAGUCACAGUUUCAGCCGCCUCCUGAAAAGAAGGAACUUCCACAUUCAGAGACCAAGAGAGUUGACGAGAAACCUGAGGCAAAGCAGGCAAGUGUCAAAGAGGAGAAGGUGAAAAUGAAAGAGUGGAUACUACGCUAUGCUGAACAAGAGAGUGAAGAAGAUGAUGGAGAGGAGCCAGGUGAAUCUAAAAAGAGCUCUGAGCAGGAAGAGCGUUUUGAUCCAAAUGACCGUUACUUGCGGCUCACGGCUCAGCUGUUAGAUGCAAAAGACUUGGCAGUUUCCUCGAAACAGAAAAAGGACAAGCUGGGGCAAAGGACUGCUCAAGACAGGAUUAGGAUAAUACAGCAGGAGAUGAAACCAUUGGAAGCACAUCCUAUGUUUAAUCCCACCCUAAAAUAUACAGAGUCCCCAAAAGAAGCCAAGAAGCCUGUUGCACCUCCUGCGGACAAUGGUGCUCUAAACUUUGAUUUGUUUGAAAAAGCUGCGGUACCUCCAGAGGAGAAAGUAAACAAGGAGGAGCCCAAGGACAUAAGAAACUUUGACUAUGCUGCUCGAAGCUGGACUGGCAAGACUCCCAAACAGUUUCUGAUUGACUGGUGCAGGAAGAACCUUCCCAAAAGCCCACAACCUUCAUUUGAAAAGGUUCCUGCUGGCAGACACUGGAGAUGCAGAGUUCGGGUUAACAAGUUAGAAGAUGGCAUAUUGGAAGUAUGCCCUACAAUCCUUACUGAAGACAGUAUGCAGGCCCAGCAUGUGGCGGCAACUUUGGCACUGUAUACCCUGGUUAAGGGGCAGUCAGUGCAUCAGUUGCUUCCUCCGACCUACAGGGAAGUCUGGCUGGAAUGGAAGGACAAUGAGAAGAAGAAGGAAGAACAAACCAAAAUUGAAACCAACAAGCCCCGUGAUCAGUUCAUCACCAAGCUGCUUAACAAGCUGAAGCAGCAGCAGCAGCAGCAACAGCAGCAGCAGCAGCUAUCCCAGGGUGCAUCGGAGGCUGCGGAUGAGCCAGGGGAAUCCUGGGAAGACCUGAUCACAGACGAGGACUUCAGCAAAAUAUCUAUCCACCAUGAGAAACCAGAUGACCUUGAAUCAUCCAGGGCACUGCUCAGGAAGCUGCAGUCCUCUGCCUUGUUUCAGAGGCUGCUUAGGGACAGAGAGCAGCUGCCAGUGUUUCAGCACAGAGACACGGUCCUGGAGGCUAUUAGAAGGAACCGUGUAGUUGUGGUGGCGGGUGAGACAGGUAGCGGGAAGAGCACUCAGGUACCUCAGUUCAUCUUGGAGGAGCUGCUGACAGGCAGUUUGGGCUCCCAGAAAUGCAGAAUAGUCUGCACUCAGCCCCGCAGGAUCUCUGCGAUGAGUCUGGCUGUCAGGGUGUCUGAGGAGCUUGGCUGUGAAGAGGGACCAGGGACAAGAAAUUCGUUGUGCGGUUAUCAGAUAAGAAUGGAGACUAAAGCUGGAGAUUCUACACGGUUGCUGUAUUGCACCACUGGAGUUCUUCUCAGGAAAUUGCAACAGGAUGGGCUUCUUGAUCGUGUCUCGCAUGUCAUUGUUGAUGAGGUUCAUGAGCGAAGCGUCCAGUCAGAUUUCCUGCUGAUAAUCCUGAAGGAGAUUCUGCGCAAACGCUCUGACCUCCACUUGAUUUUAAUGAGUGCUACAGUCGACUGUGACAAGUUUUCAAACUAUUUUGACCGAUGCCCAGUUGUAAGAAUUCCGGGCAGAACAUUUCCUGUAGAGGUUUACAACCUUGAAGAUGUGGUAGAGGAAACCGGUUAUGUUUUGGAGCAAGACUCUGAUUAUAGUCAAAAAUUUCUUGAAGAGGAAGAAGAAAUCAAUGUGAAUGUCACUGGAAAGGGAGGGAAAACUCAGAUACACCAGGAGUUUACUGUUAAAGACACUGGGCCUAUCUGGGAUUUGGGAUCGGAUCUUCAGAACUACAGCAGCCGCACAGGUCAUGCUGUUCAGUACAUGAACCCAAACAAGAUCAACAUGGAUCUCAUCUUGGAUCUGCUAGACUUCUUAGAUAAGAGUCCACAGUAUAGAGCAGUGGAUGGAGCCGUGCUGGUUUUCCUGCCUGGACUGGCACAUAUACAGCAACUGUAUGACCUCUUGUCUACAGACAAGAGGUUCCGGGUGAAAGAUAGAUAUAAACUAAUUGCCUUGCACUCCACACUUUCAUCAAAAGAUCAGGCAGCAGCGUUUACAGUGCCCCCUCCUGGUGUUAGAAAGAUUGUUUUGGCUACAAACAUUGCAGAAACAGGCGUCACAAUCCCUGAUGUUGUCUUUGUCAUAGACACUGGGAAGACCAAGGAGAACAGGUAUCGUGAAAGCAGCCAGAUGAGCUCCUUGGUGGAGACCUUCAUCAGUAAAGCUAGCGCUCUGCAGCGGCAGGGCAGGGCUGGACGUGUCAGGGAAGGGGUUUGUUUCCGCUUGUUCACCAAGGAAAGGUAUAGAAGCUUUAGCGAUUACUCAGACCCAGAAAUUCUACGAGUGCCUUUAGAAGAGCUUUGUCUCCAUAUCAUGAAGUGUGAGUACGGCUCUCCAGAAGAUUUCCUCUCCAGAGCUCUGGAUCCUCCCCAGCCCCAGGUUGUCAGCAAUGCUAUGAACCUGCUGAGGAGGAUUGGGGCCUGUGAGCUGGACCUCCCCAAACUCACUCCACUGGGACAGCACCUUGCAGCCCUGCCAGUCAAUGUCAAAAUCGGGAAAAUGCUGGUCUUCGGGGCUAUAUUUGGCUGUUUAGAACCAAUUGCAAUUAUAGCAGCAGCAAUUUCAGAAAAGUCCCCCUUUGCUACACCAAUGAAUAGAAAAGAUGAGGCAAACCUGGCAAAGGCAGCCUUGGCUUUGUCCAAUUCGGAUCACCUGACCAUUUACAAUGCAUACAAAGGGUGGAGGAAUGCACGCAGUGAGGGGUCUCGUGCUGAAAUGGCAUACUGUAGGAAGUACUUUCUGAACAGGACAGCACUUUUGACAAUUGAGGAUGUAAAACAGGAGCUGAUGAAGAUGGUUGAAGUGGUGGGCUUCUCGUCUCCCAGAUCGAAGCCAGGCAAGUCCAGAGAUCAGCCUGCCGACUGGUUAAAGGAGCAACAGUCUCCCAAGGAGAUCUCACUUUUGAAAGCUGUGUUGACGGCUGGACUUUAUGACAACAUCGGAAAGGUUAUCUACACCCCGUCCGUCGAUGUCACUGAGAAAGCUGCCUGCACUGUAGAGACUGCGCAAGGCAAAGCCCAGGUCCAUCCUUCUUCGGUCAACAGAGUCCUGCAGACCUACGGUUGGCUGCUUUACCAGGAGAAGGUAAAGUAUGCCAAGGUGUACGUUCGGGACACCACACUGAUAUCACCCUUCCCCAUCCUGCUGUUUGGAUGGGACAUUGACGUGCAGCAUCGAGAGAGACUCCUUUCUGUGGAUAGUUGGAUCCAGUUUCAGGCACCUGUGAGAAUUGGAGUCAUCUUUAAACAGUUAAGAGCAUUGAUAGACACAGUCCUUCAGCAGAAACUUGAAAAUCCCCAAAUGUCUCUCGAAGAUAACAAGACCAUACAGAUUAUAACUGAACUGAUUAAAAGUGAAAAUGUCCUGUGAUGACCGUGCUGAGCUUGAUGCUGCAGAGUUUUGAGAAAAAGCAUGACACCGUAAAUCACAACUUUCUUUAAAACAUCCAGAAUAUAUUGAGUAUGUGUUGUAUGUUUUUCUUCAAACCUUGCCAAAGUCACAGAGAAAAAUAAUAGUGUUUACUAUAUUGUAACUGCCUUCUGUGGUGCAUUCACUGUAGCACAGAACAAAAUAAACCACAGGUAUUGGAAGCAGUAUGUGGGCUUACUAUUGCCAUAAAAAAUACCAUUCAUGGUAAUUAUGUUAUAUUUAAUUAUUAUAUUUUGAAUAUAUGCUCCAUUCAUUGUUAUUGUACCAUUUGUUAUUAUUUUUAAUGGAUUUUGACUGUUUUUGGCAUAAGGCUCUACAGCUGAUGGAGAAUGGAUUAAAAGAACAAAGCCCAAAACAAUGUUCUAGAAUUAAUGAUGGUAUCUUAUGUAGAAGGAACGUAUGCAAUAUACCCAUCUGAAAUACUGCUUGGCUGUCUGUCUAUUUUUCCUCAUGUCAAAUAAAUGGGUGUCAAACCAUGACACUUGGUGAGGCCAGAUUACAAGGUGCUUCUGUCUCAAGAUUGUAGAAUAAUAAAGUUUCCAUAUCCAGUUGGUAAUUGCAGGUAGAACAGGAUAUGGUAAACAAGUGAUAUGGUCAUCAAGGACUUUAAAGAUGUCCCUUAUUGUAUUAUAACUUUGCAACUGUUACAAAAAAAAGGUUUUCUAAUCUAACUCGACUUUUCUUGGCUCCUCAAUAAUAAAUUAUGUUUACCCAGAGUUUUAUGGGUUAGGUGCAGCUACGAGCACAUUCAUUUGAGUAAAGUGGAACCCAUUCAGAAUUCUAGUGAUUUUCUGUCAUCCAGGUUAUCUCCCCUGUUACUCCAUAUCAGCUCCCACUGAGUUUCAGGUAAUCCUGUCCUUAUCCUUCAAGUUUCAAUUAAGAGCAUGUUGAGAGCAACAGCAAAAUAUACUUUCGAAACAAGGCCAGAGCAUAGUAAUAAAUCCCAUGAUCUUUUGUGUAUCCAGUAUGAAAAACAAAAAUGGGAUUUUAAAUCAUGGUAAAAAAAUGACUAAAGAGAUACAGGACAGGUUUAGAAUGUGCUGUCUCUGGAUGAUGGGACCCAAGCCAUGCUAGAACAAUACAGAAAGGCCAUUGCAGAACCUCUAGCCCCCAUUACAUUAAGGCCACAUUGAACAGGGUCAAAGUUAUUAAAGUACAGAAAUUGGGGUUUAACAUUAAACUGCCUACUCAACCCUAACUAUUGUGACGCUACCACGCCACUAUAUAUAUAUAUAUAUAUAUAUAUAUAUAUAUAUAUAUAUAUAAUAUAUAUAUAUAUAUAAUAUUGGUUCAUUUUCACUCGCUUGUAAUAAUGCCUAUGAACAGUGAAGCCACAAAAUGCAAAAAAUACAAUUUUACAGACAUUUCAUACCCAUUCUUUCUCCAUUGGACUGGAAUGUACAACCAGUAUCUUCUACACUACUAAGUGUUGUCCAUGCUACAUUGAGUUUGGAUUGUAACCAUAUCUUUACUGUUGUAGAGACGAGAACUACAUACCAUCUAUAAAUGUAUGUAGUUAGAUAGAUAUACAAUAUGUGUGUCUUUGUAGAUAGAUGUGGUUAAUGUCUAAUAAACAUGAAUUACCUCAACAUCAGA